GCGGCAAGCGGUAGCGUUGACCGUGAUGCGUACCCAACCAACGCCAAAGGUGUAUACGAAUUCUCGAUCCGGGUGCCGCCUGCGCUUCAUGGUGCCAUCAUUGGCCGAGGGGGCUCCAAGUUGAAGCAAUUGCAGGACGAUACGGGGGCGACGGUCAAGCUACCUAGGCGCGGCGCCCAUAGUGAUAAAGUCAUCAUAUCUGCCGCCACCCCCGAGGCUAUCGACUCGUGCCGUGCGCGUCUCGAAAUUAUGGUGGAGGAAAGCAAGGCCAAGGCACCCAUCACACACUUCGUAUCUCUUCCCUUGGCCAAUCCUGCUCUGACGGAGCGCGUGGCCGAGUUCCGCGCCUAUAUCCACGACGCCGGCCUCGACGAGGGCUGGGACGACAAAUGGUUUGUUGAGCCCGAGAGCUUACAUCUUACGUUGUGCGUGCUCAAAUUGUUUGAGCCUGGGGAAAUUGAGCGGGCUCUUGCCACCCUGAGUCAGAGCCUGCAGCGAGUGCGCGAGCUUCCGGGCUUUGACGACGCUGCGCGACAGGUCCAUCUGAAGGGCGUGGCCGUGACUGGGGACAAUCCCAAGAAGGCACAAGUGCUCUAUGCGGUGCCUCGGAACGAGAGUGCCACCUGUGGACUCCAGGAGAUUGCUGACACGAUUGCUGGCGCCUUUGUCGAGGCAGGGCUGGCCGAGCAGCAGCAUGGCGCCGACAGUGUACUUCUUCAUUGCACGAUCUGCAAGACCUCGCGGGCCAAAAAGCGCGUCACCUUUGAUGCCUCAGCUCUCCUGGAUGUCUGCAAGUCGUUUGACUUUGGCAAGCGUGAGAUUGCAGAGUUACAACGGCAUGAGGGACAGCAGCUCGAGCUCAAGUUGCGCAGUCAGGCCCAGCCGUUUCAGGCGGCUGACACGGCUGUCCUCUACAUGAUUGCGUUUUACAACGCAAAUCAUGACGGAGAACUACUUUUUGGUGUCACUGAUGAUGGCAUCGUCGAGGGCCUUGAAUUGCAUCCAGACCCAAAUAGCUGGCUGGACAACGCACAGCAACGGUUCCUUCGCAACCUCGAACGCCGGGCGUCACAAACCAUGGAUCCCAGUCUUUGCCAUGUGGGCUGGCAUGCUCUACCAGUGGAUGGCACCCCGAAAGGCGUCGCCCGCCACGUCGUCUCCGUGCGCCUCGUGUGGGCAUCAACUGAACGCCCACAGCACCUGUUGCGCCUGGAUGGGCGCGAAGGCUGGUUUUGGCCCCUUAAAAUGGGCAACACCGUCCAGCGAUUGGAUCGCAAGGCCGCAGAGGCUCUAUGUCGCCAACGUGGCUAUGCGCCACUUUCUCCCAAACUCCCCAUGGAUGUGCCCAAAGCGGAUGGCACACCAGAGUUGAGCAAGCGGCCCCAACUGCCCAGCCCACCUCGUGCGAGCGAUUCCCAGCCUGCGCCAGUGGCAGAGAAAGAAAAGGUCGCCGAGUUGCCCAAUCCGACUUCCCCCAAGCCCGCGCCCAAACUCGUCUCCGAACCUAAAUCUGGCACGCCAGGCCCGCGGGAGCCGCGCAGCAAGCGCCGGGGCCGGCAACAGCCGAGCAAAAAUAAACACGAUCGCAGCACCAGCAAAGAUGGCAAUGACAACCUUGCGCCAUCCGAGCCGUUUCAUAUCCCUACAUCCAUUUUGGGGAGUAAAGAACCUCCGCCAGCACACCCUCCGUCCGGCGUGUCGCCGAGCAUGCAGCGGCUGGGCGUGGGCUUGACGAGUGACUUGGUUCGCUUGCGCCGCCGGCUGGAAGAGAGCGAGGCUGAGCGUUACCGACUUGCUCAGGCCAACCGGGCUCUGGCCGCUCAGCUGAUGGAAGUCCGUACGGCCACCGAGUCGGAGCACCGUGCCCUCGCGCAGCAGCUUGAGGCAUACGUAUCCGAUCAGCGAAGCGAGGUCGCAUCGCGUCAGCAUCAAGAAAAUGCCAUGCUUGCUGAUUUGGCCAGUACAAAGGAGCGUGAGCGUCAAUUGUUGGCGCUAACUGCCAAUCUGCGAGCCGAACUUGCCGCCACGCAACCCGCCGUGGCAUCGUUGGCCGAUCUACAAAAACAGGUGCAAGUAUUACAGGUGCAAUUGUCUGAGGCUGAGGCGAGCAAGGCUCGCUUGCACGCUCGUGUGACAGAUCUCGAGGCCGAUGACGUGGCGACGGUGGCUGUGGUGCACGACUUGCAUCAGAAAGUUGAGGGCCUCACCGAACAGCUCGAGCAAGUUACCGACCACCGGGAGCGACUGGUCGCUGAACUGGAGCGCCGUGCAGCAGUUGAUGCGGACCGUUUGUCGACCCAGAAUCACGAUCAAGCUCAGGCCCAAGAAACGCAGCGGCGGCUCGAAGACGAUAAUCAUCGAUUACGCAACCAAGUUGGUCAACUCACACAUCAACUCGAGGAAUCCCGGCGCCAGCUGCGCUUGUUACAAGAAGAAUGCGCCUCGCAGGCGCGGCAGAUCGCCACGCUGCGUGCCGUGCAGGCUGGUGAGGAUGAUGGCGACAACCUCCGCAGUGAGCAGCUUCGAGGGCAAUUGCAGCGCGUUCAACAGCAGUUUCAGGAGCAGCGAGCUGCGCUACAGGCACAUGCCGCCCAUCUUCAAAACAAUCAACUCCAGUACCGACGAGGAUUCGAAGCCUGCCUGCGCCAAUUGCACACAGCCUGCGUCGUGCUGCAAGUGCCGACAGCUUCGUCGCCUCCCGGCGCCCUCGAAGAGGGGUCCAAAAGUUCGGCCAACAUUGAAUGUGACAGGCUUGAUGACCGCCUCGAGUGGUAUCAGUGCCUUUUGCGUGAUCUCAAGUCAAUGGUCCAGCAGGAACGGACCAAAGCACAGACCGAGUCUCAUCACUCACAACAGCAGCAAGCGGAACACCAGGAAGCACAUACUCGUCAGAUGCAGCGUGUCAACGCUCUCAAGGACGCCCUUCUCGCACAGGAGAAGGAGCAGGAGGAGCUGCGAUCUAUCAUCAAUUCGUCACAGGUUGCAGUGCAGCACAGUCUGACCAUCUCGGCACAAGAAGUUACUGACACCCGGUCUCAGCUCUCUGCCAUGGAGGACCGCGAAGACCGACUCGAAACUCUUUGUACGGCCAUUGACGAGACGGUCUACGCGUGUAGCCUACAACAUGAGCUCUUGCGACACGUCAGUGGCAUGGCUUGGGGACCCAAUGUCUGGGAUGUGUAUCCUCAGCUACUGGAAGCUAUUCGUCACAGCUGGCAAGCGCUCCAGAAUCAUGUGGUGGAGCGAGAGCAUACACUGGUUCAGCUGGAACACCACGCUUCGGCGCAGGAGCAAGAGCUUGCACGCCUUUCUGCUGAGCUUCAACUGACCAAGGGGCUACUCCACGAGACACCACAACCGACAUUUGUUCCACAGCGAUGCGAACAGGCUACACAAUGCGAUUGGCACGAUGCUCAAGCCUUGAACGUAGCUUGCCAGACUAACGAUCAGGUUAUAUCUGCUUGUGAGCCGCAGCUGGCUCUGCGUUACUAUAAGCGUGUGGUGUUGGCUUUUGCGGAACACUUGUUGGCUGGGACGGCCCUCGCGCGCCAGCAGCUGGGCCUGACUCUUUCGCGGGCACGACUUCGGUGGCAGCGAGCUGGAUGGGCCGUGGUGGCAUGCAUGCGAUUGGAGCGACAAGGUCGUUUGGCUCGUAGCUUGCGCAAUGAUACCGAACGGCCAGUCACCCGACAGUUGUAUUACCGCCGGACUUUGCAGGUGUCUGGCCACUGGCUAAAAGCACUCGAGAGGCUACGUCAAGAGCAGGUGACUCAGGUCAAAGCCGAGGGCCAGACUGCCUUGCAGACGGCUGUUAAACAGAGUGAGCAGGCAGAGCUUCAGCUGAGCGACGUUCGCCAGAAUCUUCAGGAGGCGCGAGCAGAGUUGGCGCAAUGCUUGGCGGAGCGCGCGCGCCUGCUUGAGAACGUUGCUCAGCUUGAGGCCGCCGUUCAAGGCUGUGUCAGCAGGAACGACGGAAUGCGGUUGAUGAUGGAGAAUCAGGAGCUGCAGGCGUCGUUGCAAUCCGCUUCUGUAGCCAACCGUCGGCAAGAUACCAUGCUUCAGGAAAUGCAACGUCGCGUGGAGUUGGCAGAGCUUACCCUUGCUGAGGAGCAGCGCGGCGCAGCACGGACCGUGGAAAGUUUGCGGGAGGAAUUGGCAACUGCCAAGGACACGGCCUUUUACGGAAUUCAGUUGGCACCCAGCAGUCUUACGCCGCAGCGGUCAUGUGUUUGUGUUUGCAGAGCGAAGCGUUGGCCCGCCGAGUCGAGCGCCUCGAGCAACAGCGUUUGCAUCUCGUGA